UUAAUAAACUCGGUUCAACCAAUUAUGGAAAAAUACAUUAUUAGUCGUAGCUUAUAAUUCAAGCAUAUUAUUAAAUUGAAAGGAGGAGAGGGUGGCGAAGCACCACACAUACGCCGAUAAAUGGCUAACGACCAUUGUUAACAGCUUUUGGAAACAACCAGAGACAAGACAACUGCUCCGCUCCAUAUAGGUUGAAGAAGAAAAAGAUCGAUCGGUAUGAGUACUCAGGCGACGGGUGCUUCUUCAACAUCAGGGAGGAGGAGCACCACCACCACUGUACGGCGACCCUCCAAGAAAUCAGUUCAAUCGGAGAACGGAAGCGUCGUCAACGGCGGGAACACCUCCAAACCAAACUCACCUCCUUCUCAGCCUCUCUCUAGCGUUGAGAGGACAGUUAAGAAGCUUCGGUUAUCGAAAGCUCUCACUAUCCCUGAAGGAACCACUGUCUUUGACGCUUGUCGGAGGAUGGCUGCUCGGCGUGUUGACGCGGUUCUCUUGACUGACUCAAGUGCGCUUCUCUCUGGGAUAUGUACAGACAAGGACGUAGCUACGAGAGUGAUUGCUGAAGGGUUGAGACCGGAACAGACUUUGGUCUCUAAGGUUAUGACGAGGAACCCUAUCUUUGUCACUUCUGAUUCAUUGGCUAUUGAAGCUCUUCAGAAGAUGGUUCAAGGGAAGUUUAGGCACUUGCCUGUUGUGGAGAACGGCGAAGUCAUUGCUUUGUUGGAUAUCACUAAGUGUCUCUACGAUGCUAUUUCGAGAAUGGAGAAAGCUGCAGAGCAAGGCAGUGCUUUAGCUGCUGCUGUUGAAGGUGUUGAGAAGCAGUGGGGAGCUGGAUACUCUGCGCCCUAUGCUUUCAUCGAGACGUUGAGGGAGAGAAUGUUUAAGCCCGCCUUGUCAACGAUCAUCACGGAGAAUUCAAAAGUUGCGCUUGUGGCACCAUCAGAUCCUGUCUCCGUUGCUGCCAAAAGGAUGCGGGACUUGCGGGUUAACUCUGUGAUCAUCUCCACCGGGAGCAAGAUCCAGGGGAUACUGACUUCAAAGGACAUUCUUAUGCGUGUCGUCGCGCAGAACUUAUCUCCUGAACUUACUCUUGUAGAGAAGGUGAUGACACCUAACCCCGAAUGUGCAUCGCUAGAGACGACCAUUCUUGAUGCGUUGCAUAUAAUGCAUGAUGGGAAGUUCUUGCAUCUACCUAUCACAGACAAAGACGGUUCCGCUGCAGCUUGUGUGGACGUGCUGCAGAUAACUCACGCAGCUAUCUCGAUGGUUGAGAACAGUUCUGGAGCUGUAAACGACAUGGCUAACACCAUGAUGCAGAAGUUCUGGGACUCAGCUCUUGCGUUAGACCCUCCUGAUGAUUCAGACACUCAAAGCGAAAUGUCGGCGAUGAUGCAUCAUUCAGAGCUUGGCAAGCUCACUUCUUACCCUUCUCUAGGGCUAGGGAACUCGUUUUCUUUCAAGCUCGAAGAUCUAAAGGGCCGUGUGCAUCGUUUUACUUCUUCCGCUGAGAACCUUGAGGAGCUGAUGGGUAUUGUGAUGCAAAGAAUCGGUUGUGACAUCAACGAUGUGGAACAACGGCCACAGAUUAUAUAUGAGGAUGAUGAAGGUGAUAAGGUUUUGAUUACAUCGGAUAGUGAUUUGGUUGGUGCUGUUACUCUUGCUAGGUCUGCAGGACAAAAGGUAUUGAGGCUGCAUCUGGACUUCACAGAGACAAGAACAAGGAGCUUGAGCUUGGAAACGGGUCAACUCAUGAAAGCGAAUAAUACUACAGAGAGAGAAAGAGGUGGAUGGGUUACAUGGCGUGGUGGUGUGGUGGUUACAGGAGCUGUUGUGCUAACGAGCAUAGCAGUAGUUGUUUACUUGAAACGCUCGAAGAUGUGAUUUUGAUGACGCAUAAGCUCUCUGGAAGGCAUAAGUCUUUCCUUUUUCUUUCUAUUUUGGUAUGUUUCAUACAGAUUUGUCUCUUUUGUCAUACGAAAAGAGAAACUUUAUUUCACUACAGAUAUUUAUUAAAUUAUUGGGGACACGCCCCUAUUCAGAAGAGAUUAUUAGAUUUGACAGAGCUGAUGUAAAACCUCUGAAACCGAGAAAAUAAAAGCAGGGAAUGUUGUUGCACUGCAAUUUCUGGUA